UGGGCAUAAUCUUUCAAUUCAAUAAUUGAAUGAUUCGAAAUAAUCGAAUGAUCGAUUAUGAAUGAAGAAAUAGUUCAUAUACCAUAGAAAACCUAACCUCACUCAUAAUCGUCCAACAGAUAUCAUUAAUGAAAGUUAGGUUAAGGAGAAACACGUCUUGUCAAAACCACGUUUAAAAAUUUGUUAAAUAUAAAUUAAUAAACAAUGACUUCAAUAAAAAAGAAACGCGUUUCAAAGAAAUUGAAAGUUUCUUGGAGAAAACAUGUGAACAUUAAUGAUGUGGAAGAGUAUUUAGAAGAUACUCGUUUGGAAGAACGAGUCGGUCAACUUUCGGAAGUAAAAGACAGUGAACUAUUUAAAGUAGAUACUCAACCAGACCCUAUUUUGUCUGCAAAAGAAAGAAAGAGACAGAAGUUGAAUAAACCCCUAAAAUGCUUUUCUGCUUUAGAAUCACAUUCCAAAGUAAAAGAUCCAAUAGCGAAAAGGAACCGUGUUAGAACACCGGAAGAAAGGAAAAGCAAAUUGGUGAAGCAAAAAGAGCUCUCAAAUAAAUUAAAUGGUAUUUUAAAAGAGAAGGAGAAAAAAUCUAUUCAAGAUAAAUUACUUUAUGAGCUAAAAACAAAGAACAAGCCUGAAAAAGGUGAAUUUAAUAUUGAUCUAUGGGGAGAAGGGAACAAACAUGAUAUUGAGAAAGAUGAGUGGACAGAAAAAAUAACAAAAAAACAUAACUUAAGGAACCUAGGUAUAACCCAAAAGAGUGUUGUCAAAUUAUUGUCAGAGAAAAAAAGUUUACUACCUACAGUGGAACCUCCACACCCUGGCAUGUCCUACAAUCCUUCAUAUGAGGAUCAUCAGAACCUGCUAAAGCUUGUUGCAGAUAAAGAGACUGAGUUCAUUAAAAAAGAAGAAUAUUUGUCAAGAAAUACUAGAGGAAUGUUUAAGAAAGUUGCUCCAUCCACCAGAGAUAAAAAUUGGUUGGUUGAAAUGUCACAAGGUCUGCCUAGUAGAUCAAACCCUGAAGAAGAAAAUACAAGUGAUACAGAGUAUAAAUCAGUUAAUCCACCUGUGAAAAAUGCAAAAAAAACUGCAAAACAGAGAAGAAAACAAAAGGAACAGCUUGAAUUGGCACUACAGAGAAAACGGGCAAAAAUUGAGACAAGGAAGAUCACAGAUAUCCAUCAAAUAAAAAUAUUGAAAAAACAGAUCGAAAAAACGGAUCAAAAACACGAAAUUUUAAGGGAGAAGCGGAAGAAACGGGCAGCCUAUAAGGCUUUGGAGCCAAAGAGGAUAAGCUCUACAAAAUUUGAAGAUCCUGGUUUGGAUUUUAAUUUGGGAAGUGAUAUUUCAGGAAAUUUGAGAAAUAUUAAGAAAGAAGGAAAUUUGUUAGUUGACAGAUUUAAAAGUAUGCAGAAGAGAAAUAUUUUGGAACCAGGAUUGAAACGACACCGUAAAAAUGCAAAAGUUAAAAGGUUUACUAAACCAGGACAUAAAGAGGAUUGGAAGAAAACUGUUGCAAAAUAAUUAACUAUGUUGGUUAAGUUUUUAAAAUUUUUAUUACACUUGUAAACACACAUUUCCUCAAAAAUAACAAAUUUUGUUAUUAUUGCUAAAUAAUAAAGUUAACAAAAUUGCAUAUUUUAUUUAAAAUUCA